AUGGCCUCCCAAGAUGGACCCGACCAUGGUGAUUCCGAAUCAAGGCAAAAUGCCUCUUCUAGAGGACAAGAACAUGCAAGUGAGGGAGCUUUCACCCUUACUGAUCUCAUCACAGCUAUGCAGGCUAUGGGGGAAACACAGAUGGAGAUAAUGGACACUAUCAAAGAAUUAAAAAAUGCUGCCUCUAAGCCAAGCGAAGAUGAUAGACAUCCGCAAGAAGAAUCUGCCGCUGCUGGAAAGGGGUCUAAACAAAAGGGACCGUCUUUUGUCACCCAGAAGGAUGUCGUUGCCAUGCUGGAGAAGGAGCUUAGUCAAAGCCAGGAGGUUAUGAAACACCAACCUUUGUUCUUUUCGAUGGGAGGAAAGGAAGCCCAAAGGAACAUGUCAACCGAUUCCUUGAUGCUUUGGGGCCACACGCCGCACGAGGAGAGGGUUACCACCACGCAACUCAACAACACUCGCCAAAAGCAAGGGGAGGAUCCCGUGGACUUUGUGAGAAGGUUCCGGGACUUGGUUCUCGAUUGCUAUGACGAAAAGGAUGAAGAGGCACUUGUUGAGAUUUGCAUCAACAACAUUAUAGCAGACUAUAGAGUGUACUUGGAAAAUAUUGGCAUCAGUCAAUUUUCCUGGCUGCUGGAAGCAGUAAGAAAGACGAGCAUGUCUGUCAAACUGGCUGGACAAAGAAGUUGGAGGAUUGAGAAGAAGGAAUCACAUCAGACGUUAGCCACAGACGAUAAGCCAUCUAAUGACUACAGCGCACGCAAACGAAAGGAUAGGGAGACAUACCCGCCAUUACCUUGCAAAGAUGAAGAGUUUCAUGCCAUCCUUGACACGAUGAUUGCUGAUGGCGCGAUCAAACCCCGCAAGCCCUACAACGUUCCCACCAGGGAAGAAAAGAGUGAUCCCAGAUAUUGUCGCUAUCACCAGUUUGUAGGACAUCCGACCACCGCUUGUCAGAGUUUAAGAAGGAUCUUACAUGGCAAAAUACAUGAGGGGGUUCUUGAGCUUCCCUCUAGGAAGCAAACUAUUGAUGAAGACCCUUCGCUGAAACCAAGGGGGAAAGAGACAGCUGCUGUUAUUACAUGUUCGGAUGAUUUGCUCGAUGAUGACGAAUUGUGCAACCCAUGGAGGAAUCAUCCGAAGCCACCGGAGGCCAUUUGGGAGCCUUGUGGAAACAUGGAUAAAGCUUACUGGUGCAAAUACUCGAAACCAUCAAGCUAUGACACGCCAUGGUCACUCGCUGAUGGAUGGGAUGGCUGUGCAGACAAUGGAGUGUUCAUGUUGGACAUGCCGGAAGAACAAUGCCAGGGAGCCUAG